AUGGAGGCCUUGUGGGGGACGGGGAUCCUGAAUCACCCGUUCUAUUGGUCCUUCUUCGCUGCAUAUUGCCUCAUAUAUACCUUUGGGUAUCUUGUGGUCUUCCGGAAUUGGAGCCCAAAACAUCGUCCAGAGGCGUCAAGCUGCUUCAUCUCGUUCGUUCACGGUACCCCUGCGGCUGUCAUGGCCAUGACGGCGAUCAUGGCCGCGCCUGGUGGCUGGGAAUUCGAAGCUCCUAAUACCUAUUUCCAGUCUAUUGUUCUCGACUACAGCAUUGCCUAUUUCACGGUCGACCUCCUCCACUACAUCAUCUUCUAUCCAGGGGACUACCUCUUCAUUGCACACCACCUGGCAACGCUGUUUGUUUUCAUCACUUGCCGCUACCUCGUCUUCCACGGAGCUCUCGCCAUUCUGGUCCUCCUUGUGCUUGCCGAGCUUACCAGUUUUUGCCAGAAUGUAUGGACGCUUGCCAAGAUGCACAAGGCCGAGUCUGUUGUUGCUGCCAAAGUGUAUGACUAUCUGUCUCCACCAUUCUUCUCGCUUUACACGGUGGCGAGGGGCUUUCUCGGGCCACUGUUCUUCUAUAAGAUGAGCAUAUUUUAUCUAAGUGGCAAGGCCAGGAAUGUGAUGUCGUGGUGGAUCUCGCUCUCCUGGAUCCUUGUGGUUGGAACUGCUAUUUCUGUGAGUAUUUUGUGGGUCGUAGAUCAUUGGCUGGAGUUAUUCCGAGAGAGGACAACGAAGGAAGAGAAGAAAGCGAUCUAG